AUGUCCAAGAAGAAAGACGAUGAUAUUCAAGUCAUCAAUAGAGACUACCAAUUUGAUUUCCCCCUUUCUCCGUUCAAUACGGAGAAUAAUGAUAUGUUGGAUCAGAAUGAUCCACAAUUGCUUGAAAAUCAAAUUAAUAACCUUCAAUCCAAUGCCAAUUCAGGUAGAAUGCAAUCCAAACCACAAGAUUUAGGAGAUGACGUUGAUAACGAAGAAAUCGAAGAGAUAAAUACCGGUUUGACCCCAAUGUUGAACGGAUUUGAUGAUGAAGCUUUCAAUAAUCAAUUAAUCACCCAACCUAAAUUGUAUUCCAACUUGCCUCCUUUACAACCUUUAAGUGAAUCGGUUUUACCCAAUAAUUUCAAUUUCAAUCUCCCACAAUCAACAGACCCAAAUAACAACAACACUUUGGCAAUCACCAAUACUUCCAAACCCGCCAAAAAGAAAGAUAAUGGACCUAAAACCAGACCAGCAUUCGUCAUGAAAAUUUGGUCAAUGGUCAAUGAUGAAAAAAACAACAAUUACAUUAGAUGGGAUGAUGAUGGGAAUACAUUCCAAGUAUUUCAUACUGAAGAAUUUAUGAAGAAUAUUUUACCCAAAUAUUUCAAACACAAUAGGUUUGCAAGUUUUGUCAGACAAUUGAACAUGUAUGGAUGGCAUAAAGUACAAGACAUCAAUAAUGGUAUUUUAAAGGAUGAUAAGUCCAUUGAGGAGAAUUGGAAGUUUGAAAAUCCACAUUUUAAGAGAGGCAGAGAAGAUUUGUUGGAUAAUAUUGUCAGAAACAAAUCUAUGAACCAACAGGAAAAUGAAACAGUUGACAAUAAUCAAAAUUUAAAGUCAAUCCUCAAUGAAUUGGAAGGAAUUAAAAUGAAUCAGAUUGCCAUCACUGAAGAUUUGAGAAGAAUAAGAAAAGAUAAUAAAACCCUUUGGCAAGAAAAUUUUAUGACCAGAGAUAGACAUACCAAACAAGCUCAAACAAUUGAUAAAAUCUUGAAAUUUUUGGCUUCAGUUUAUGGUCAACAAAAUAAAAUUUUAGAAGUUGAAGACCUUGAUUUGAAUUCAAUUGAUCAUGUUAAUUUGAAUAAUUCAGUUAACAAAUCAAAUAAUAUUAAUACCAAUAAUAGUGAAUUUGCCGAUGAAUUAUUUGAAGAGUUACCUUCAAGUAUAUCAUCUCCUAAACCAAAACCAAGAUUAAUGUUAAUGAAUCAAGCCUAUAAAACUCCUUCAACCAAUGGAAGUAUAAGUGGUCCUCCCACCAAUUCGCCUGGUAUCAAAGAAAGAAAUUUGACCAGCCUCACACCCAAAUAUGAUGACAAUGAAUUCAUAAAUGGGUUGGAACAGAAUAUUUAUAAACAGGGCCAAUCAAUUCAACAAGUCCAAGAUUGGAUCCAGAAAUUAUCUAAUCAACAACAACAGUUACAAAUUCAACAGAAUAAUAUUCAAAAUCAACAAAAUCAACAAAAUCAGUUAAAUGGUACACCUAAAUUUGAUUUGAAUUUUGAUGUCAAUGAUUUCCUCCAUCAACAAGUUUCCAAUAAUGAAGAAGAAGAGUUCCAACCUAAACGUAAAAAGUUCAAAACCGAUAAUAUUCAAGAAUUAGAAACUUCUCAAAUCAAAGAGUUGAACUAA